ACCUAUACGAGGUAUCCUCAAUUCUUGUCUCUUGCAAGUGUUAAUCUCUGUAUCCUUGAUGUCUCAGCUUUGACUUGACUCUAGGAUGACUUGAUUGUAAAUCUGCUUAGCUUCCAUGGGCUACGAGGUGAAGGGGUAGUCUUUGAAGUACUUGAUGCCCUAGAGUUUUGUUCCAAGUGAAAUGGUUCUUUGAUCUGGCUGCUUGGAUUUUUGUUUGCCCUUUUAAUUGGAAGACAUGAAUCUUCUAAGCAUCUUGAUCCCAGUCAUUGCUUUGUUCUGUUAAUUAAUUCUAGUACUUGAGGUGCUAGAUCUUGAUCUCCUGAUUAUAUCUGCUCUUGAAUUCUUGUUCUCAUUGUCAUUAUUGAAAUCUCUUUUAUGGGCCUAAUUUUUGGAAUUCUAUUGCUUGUUUCAUGGUUAACUCUUGUCUCUCAAUUUUGACUGCUUGGUUAAAUUUGAUCUUGAUUCUUGGUGAAUGCCGUUUUGUUGUUGAAUUUUUGAGGCAUUCUACCUUGCACCCUUGUGUUCCGAUAUUCUUCCAAGCAUUCAUAUUUUCCAUUGAUUUUAUUCUGUUGCAAUUCUUGAGAUUCUUACAUGUCUUUUGAUGGUCCUAGCUUUUAACUCUUGUUAAUUGCUAAAAUUUGUUUCUUGAUUCCAAUUGCUUUGUUAAACAUGAUCUUAGUUCUGGUUAACCUUGUUUUGUGAUAGAAUGUAUAAGGCAUCCAUGCACUCGUUCAUUAUUCAUGAUCUAUAUAUCCAUUGGAUGCUUAUCCAUCUUUGAUAGAAUUGAAAUUUUGUUGUAAUUGUCUUUAAAUCCAUGCCAUUCUUUGCCAACUCGUCUUGUGAUGGGUUCGUAGCGUAACCCCACAAUGGUUCUUUUGUGGCUUUGGCAGGAUUUAUUUUAUUCCUUGUGCUUUCUGUAUUACCCCAGCCUCCAGUAGCUUAUUUGAUGGCAAAUCUUGUUAAGUGAUUAGUGUUCUGCUUUUUAAGAUUAGUUGUGAUUUGAUAUCAGAGUGGUGCAGCGGAAGCAUAGUAAGCCAUGUCUAUUCAUAGAAAGUUAGUGAGUGGGGCAUUUGUUUUGUCUUGGAUUGUGUGAAGCCAUUCACCACUUGAUAUGGUCCUCAAUUUGAGUUUUGGGGACAAAACUCUUUUUUAGGAGGGGUGGAUGUAAUACCCCAAAAUUUUGUGCUAUUUUAGCAUUUAAGUAAGGGUUUUUGUGUGAGAAAAAUAUUAUUUUGGGCUUAAUAGCCGAAAUAUCCAAACUUGAGGGACUUAAAAGAGGAGAAUUUGGAUAAGGAUGGCUUAUUUCUUUUCUCCCUUUUCCUCUUUCUUCUCCAGCCCGUUUCUGCUCUUCUUGUCUUCCCGCUGCACCCGAAAGAAAAAAAAAAAGAGGAACCCAGCCAUGCCUUGGAAAAUUGGUGAGAAAGCUUGGAGAUUUCUCCUUCCUUCUUGCUCUAGAACCUGAAUUGGAACCCAGAAAUUCUCCCCCCUGCAUGAAGCUUUCGGAUCUGCCUUGCUCUGCUCCUCACCGCUGGCUGCUCCUGCUUUGUGGGGGUGAUUUGCUCCGGUUUUGGGUAAGAAACAGCCAUUAAAUCC